AGUAGACUUAUAAUUAUUAUUCUCUUCUCACUUUGGUUCAGUAUUUGUGUAGUUGCCGAGAAUGGCAAACACAAGGAACCUAAACUUAAACCUAAACCUCUGUUUCACGAAGAUCAAACUUCCACUCAUGUUUUCCCAAUCGCCUCCAAUCAGAAGUACUACUCCAACUCCACAAACACCAGAAGAUCAGAGCCGUCCAUUACCUUCAUCAAGCCUGAUCAUCAGAAACUUCAACUCUCUAUACGAAGAAGCCAAGCUUGACAAAGAGGACUACACCACCUCCGACGAAGACAAUUCCUCCUCCUCCGCCUCCGCCGCAGCCGAUUUCGCCACCGCAUUCGCCUCCCGCCGCUUCUUCUUCUCCACACCGGGCCGCUCAAACUCCAUCGUCGACUCACGCUGCAAGAGCCGCGGCGCUGACGUCACGCUCUUCGGGAACAGCAUCGCCGUGCCGACGUUCUCGCCGGACCCCUACGCCGACUUCCGGCGGUCCAUGCAGGAGAUGCUGGAGGCACGUUCGGAUCACGCGAGUAAAUCCAACAAUAGUAAUAGUAAUAGUAAUAAUUGGGAGUUCUUGCAUGAGCUUCUCCUGUGCUACCUCGCCCUAAACCCUAAGAGCACCCACAAGUUCAUCACCCGAGCUUUCUCCGAUCUGGUUGUCAGCCUAAUGCCGUCACCGGCGCCGGUGGGAGGUGGCGGCCUGGAGAAUGAUGGGGUCGCCGACGUUUGUGAGAUUCUGGAAGGUAGGUAGUUCAUAUGAUGAUACUCAUAUAUGUACAUGUACAAAAAUGGUCAUAAAUUCAUAAUGUGGGUGCCAAUAAAGAUUUGGGAAGAUGAAUAUGAUCAUUUGUCUUAUUUUCGAUUUUGGAUAUAACUUAUUUAGUAAUAUAAAAAGAGGAUAUUUUGGGAACCAAAACUCGGUCCCAAAUAAUUAACUUCUUGUUCGUUGCUAUGUAUUAAUUGUUAUCCUUCCAACUCUU